UUGUUUCCCACAUAAAUUCAGCUCUUUAGAACAUCUAAACUACGUGGGAUGUCACCCUGACCCUACGUACUACGAUGUCGAACGAAUGUCACCCUCUCAACGUGCUAAGUUUGAUGAAUGGUACGACAAAGAAGCUAACGGUGUGUUCGAUUUUGCUAAACAGGCGAUAGCCUACUGUGAAAACGAUGUUGAUUUGCUAAUGCAAGGAUGUGAGAAAUUCAGGAGCGAGUAUUUUGAGGCCACUGGAACAGACCCUUUCAACGCCGUCACAAUAGCCUCGGCGUGCAUGAAAGUUUUUCGCACUAAUUUCCUAACCCCUCAAACACUAGCCAUUACGCCUUCAGACAACUACAUGCGUCAGUACAAAGCUUUCUCACACGAUUCUAUUCAAUACAUGCAAUGGAUCAUGCAUAGUCAAAAUAUCUACAUUAGACACGCAUUGAACGGGGGCGAAGUUAAGAUAGAUAACUACACAGUAGACGGCUAUUCUGAAAUCGGGGGCAUGAAAAUAGUUUUUGAGUAUUUUGGUUGCUAUCACCACGGCUGCUCAGAAUGCUACAACCUCUCUAAUAUAUGUCCGACAACAAAACGCCCCUUUCAGGAGAGGUUUGACACCACCCAGAAGAAAAUUCAGGAACUACAGCUUAAACAAGAUGUGCACCUUGUAAUUAUGUGGGAGCACGAAUGGUUGCAAAUGAAAAAAUUGAACAUAGAGGUUAAGGAAUUCCUGAAAAAAACCAAAUUCCCUACACCGCUCAAGCCGAGGCAGGCUCCUUUCGGAGGUCGAACAAACACAUUUGUUUUAAGAUACACGGCAGAAGCUGACGAGAGGGUGUUGUACGUUGAUGUCACAUCAUUAUAUCCUUUCAUUAACAGUACAGGCAUCUACCCUAUUGGUCAUCCGACGAUUAUCCACGGUGAUUUUAAAGACCCAAGACUGUAUUUCGGCUUCAUAAGCGCUACCGUCAAUCCGCCUCGUGGUUUGUAUUUUCCUGUUUUACCUUUCAAAACAGCUAAAGGUAAACUCCAACAGACAGCCUGUACACAUAAUGAUGAGCAAAGAUCGUUAACAGGUGUUUGGACAACCCCUGAAUUUGUUAAGGCACUUGAUCUUGGCUACACUGUUGCAGAUAUUACAGAAGUAUGGCAUUACACAAGAGCGAGCGACACAAUUUUCCGUGAUUACAUGCGAGCAUUUCUGAAAGGCUGA